AACUUUAGUAGUUGAGCCUUUCAAAUCCCAUGACUGGCGGAGCAGUAUUUCCUCUGAGAGGGUGGGGCGCCCUGACACAACUCCACAACGCUAACUUCACUGAGCUGCAGCCAUCUUGCUCAGAGCUUCGGGUGAGAACAUUUUUAAAAAUUUGGUCGAUAAACUUGCUGCAAACCCCACUUUUGCGCCACCAAAAGUCGCGGGAUAAAAUUCAGGAGAGAAAUACUUCGAACAAAUAGAAUCUACACGGGUCCUGAUAAAAAGAUUCGGUGAAAACCGGAAAGCCUCGAUACGAUGUUGAACUGCCUCGUAGAUCCCUUGGAAUGACAGCUGAAGCCAUUGGUACCGCCUUUUACCAUGCAGGGCAGCCAAUCACAGCGCCCAAAAGUCCCCGGUUGGCUGUUGUGCGCAUGCGCACGUCAGUUGGUAAGCGCCUCACUUUUCACAAGCUUGCAAGAGUGUGAAGAUGGCGGUCGGCCCCGGCCCGCUGGAAGAACUCUUUUUACAGUCAGGGGUGAAUAAAGCGGUAGUUUGUCAUCUUUCACGGUCUGUAGACUCACAGUUGACGGUCCUGUGUCACAAUAACAGUUUGGGUAAUAAAACGAGGCAGUCGGUAACUACAUUGAAAUAGUUCCGGGACUAGGGGGGGUAGCGCGAGCUAAUGUCCAGCUGGGACUUGGUCAAGGCGAUUGCUAAAGCAGGUACGACGUAGUUACUAACGUCACUUUCUCUUUUAUCUCUCGGUUUUACACACGAAAAGAAAGCAGAGGAGCAAACUGCGAGGAGCAGUAGAUGUGCCACAGAGUUCCCCCAUCACAUUCGAGCGUUCGUGCUCCUUGUUUGAACAAGUUAAAGUGCAGGGGGGGUCUCCACAUGACGAGCUCCCCGCGGCUCAUCGAUGGCCAGCGCGGGACACGAGCCGGGCAAAACACUCGACGAUGCCGGUGACCGCGUAACUUUGCUCCCCAACCACUCGGGGAAAGUCGGCUCGUACUCGGCGCAGACUUUCAAUGGGAGCCAAACUAUGAACUCUCACAAUGCAGGAAGCGCUGCCCCGGCUGAGGGGACGACGGUGACAGGUGCCGCUGGGACACCGACCGUCAGCAGCGGGGCAGCGCUGUCAAAGGGGCUGCUCGGUGCGACCGUGCCCCCCUCGUCGGGCGGCGUCAUCCAGACGCCGCUCUUGACUUCGGACGGUGUUGCUGCCGCGGCUCAAGCUGCGAGCCAGGCUCCGGGACCCACAGUGACACUAGUCCGGCCGCCUAUGCAAACCCCGGGAUCCUCUGUGACUUUGAAUGGGAACAAUUCUGUAAACUCCGCUGAUGGAAGCAGCACCACCGAGCAGGCAGGUGUUGCGCUGGCAAACAAUGGCCAGCCCUGCAAUGCUGGCUCAGGGAGCGCAGGUACACACAUUAUAAAAGCAGAGCCCCCCACAACCAUUAUACAAUCAGCACCGCAGCCUGCGGGGACCCCCAGCGUGGUGAGCGCACCCCAGAUCCCCGCCAUGGUAGCUGGCGGGAUCCGGGCUCCGAACCCUCAGAUGUUGGCCCCAAGACUCCCCCAGCCCUCCCCGGGACAGCCCAGUGUUCACAACAUCCAGCUUCCUGCGGGAAUGGUGCUUGUGCGCAGUGAGAGUGGACAGCUGCUGAUGAUUCCUCAGCAGGCCCUUGCUCAAAUGCAAGCCCAGGCCCAGGGAGGCAUGGCCCCCCGGCCUUCUACACCCACUAAUAUGCCUCUAGGCCAGUCCCCAGGAAACACAAUCAUCAGUAGGCAGGUGUCUCCGACCACCAUAAUCCGACAGACCUGUCCAACUCCAACGCCACUCACGGCUUCUACCACUCUUCACAGGCCUCCCAUCCUGCAGAGCUCAGUUGGGGCCCCGAGGACUCUCAGCCAGCCAGCUGGGACCAGCAUCACCUCAGUGACAGUGAGCAAAGAAACGUUGGAGAACGUGAAGAAAUGCAAGAACUUCCUGGCGACACUGAUCAAGCUGGCCUCCAGCGGGAAGCAGUCGUCGGAGACUGCAGCCAGCGUGAGGGAGCUGAUCAAAGACCUGCUGGAAGGCAAAGUGGAAGCAGAAGAGUUCACCAGCAGAUUGUACAAAGAGCUCAACUCCUCACCCCAACCGUACCUUGUGUCUUUCCUCAAGAGAAGCCUCCCAGCCUUAAGGCAGCUCACCCCAGACUCAGCAGCUUUCAUCCAGCAGAGUCAGCAUCCUCAGCCAGCCUCAGGUCCGGCGUCCUCCUCCUCUUGCUCCUCCAGCACUGUGGUUCAGGGGAGCCCAGCCCCACGCCUCGCUGCUCCAGUCAUCAAACCCCAGCUCCAACCAGCUACCAACAAGUCAGGAAACACCGUCCCUCUGCUCGUCCAGUCCCAGCAGAGAACUAUGCUGAGGCCUCAGGUCACCACAGCGACCUCCUCCAUGAUGGCGGUUAGGAAUCAGGUUCCCGCUCGCAUCAUUCUGGGACAGCAGCAGGUCCAGCUGAAGGAGCUGCAGCCAGUUCCCUUGAGGCCAGACGGGACUCUGGUCUCUAAACAAGCCUUCGCUGCAGCAUUGACCCCGGCCUUGAGGAACAAACUGAAGGAGGCGGGGGGCACGUUCAAAGAUGAUGACGACAUCAACGACGUGGCCUCCAUGGCUGGAGUCAACCUCUCAGAAGAAAGCGCUAAUAUCUUAGCCACCAACUCUGGGCUGGUCGGUGCAGUGACGCAUUCCUGUAAGGAUGAAGCCUUCCUGUCCUGCGCCAUGCUGCAAAGGAGGAUGUUGGAGAUCGGAAGGAAGCACGGAGUCACAGACCUGGGCGCAGAUGUUGUGACCUUCAUCUCCCACGCUACUCAGCAGCGACUUCAGAACCUGCUGGAAAAGGUUUCUUUGGUUGCUCAGCAGAAAAACAUCAAUAUUAAGGAGAGUGAGAACUACGAGCAGAGCAGCGACGUUCGUGCGCAGCUGAAGUUCUUUGAGCAGCUGGAUCAGUUGGAGAAGCAGCGAAAAGAAGAGCAGGAGAGGGAGAUCCUGCUGAAGGCGGCUAAGUCUCGAGCUCGGCAGGAGGAUCCGGAGCAGCUGCGUCUGAAGCAAAAAGCAAAGGAGAUGCAGCAGCAGGAGCUGGCUCAGAUGAGGCAGAGGGAGGCCAACCUCACAGCUCUGGCAGCCAUCGGCCCCAGGAAGAAGAGGAAGAACCUGGACUCCCCGUCCUCCUCUGCCUCAGCCGAGGGAUCCGGAACAGGCUCCUCCCUGAUGGGCGGGGCUGGAUCGUCGGGCUCCAGACCCACACGGCAGCGCAUCACACGCGUCAAUCUCAGGGACCUGCUCUUCUGUCUGGAAGACGAGAGGUUUACCAGUCGCUCCCAUUUUCUCUACAAGGGCUUUCUGAAGUAGGCUUGACGUCAGAGGGAGGGGGGCGGAGACACCAGGAGGGAAAAGCAUCGAUUCGGUUCAUUUAAAGAUCCUUCAGGUACAUCUGACCCAGCAGCCCCUCCUCAAAUAAUUCCUCUCAGAGUGACUAACCCCCCUUUACAGUUUGUUUUCAAAGAAUUAAUUGAUUGUGAUUCAUUAGAGGGUUUUUCUGUGUUUGUGUGUGAACAAAAGUAGUUUAAUUUCUGAACCUUUUAAUGCACAAAAAAGUUUUAAAGCAAUUUAUUUUACUUGAGCCCCCAGUGAUUCUAUUUUUUAUUGUUAAAAAUAAUUUCUGCAAACUGUGUAACCUACUGAGUUGCCUUCCUAACGUUGAAGCCAUACAGCCGUCAGUGAGCAAAAAAAACCCAAACCUGCUGUAAGUCAUCGAGCUCAUCUCUACAACUUGAUUUUGUCCUAUUUAUUGACAAAAAAUGCAAACUUAAAUUAAUAACUAGUUAUUUAUUUAUUGCCACUUCUUGUCGCUUUUAUAAAUUCGACUGUAUUUUCCUGCAUAAUAAAGGUGUAAGCCUCAGAGCUUUUUAAAGUAGUUUUACAUGUACAGCUUUCUAAACAAGAUUUUUUGAAUGUUUCUAAACUGUGUUGCUAUAUCUAACUUGCAUCGAUAUGAAAAUCUAUUUUUGUAGUAGUUUCCCAGCAUAAAUAUUUUUAAUGAUAACUGACAAUGUCCUGCGAUUAUUUCUUUACCUGCUUCGGUGAUUGUGCGCUUUAGGACAGCCCUUUACUGUCUGAUUGAAGAGACUGGAAUUUUCUGUACAUUUUGUAAAUGUUCCACCUGAAGUUUUACAUGGUUUUGUAAAGAAUUGAAUUAAAUAAAAUACUGCAUUAAGAAAAUCACAUUUUCUCAAUUGAAAAAAAUAAAUGAUAAUUUUUUUCCAUGA